AUGGUUGAAAAGCAACACGACGUCGACUACACUGACCCAGAGGAGUCCAAGACUACCAAUACUGACUUGCCAGAAGUUCAAAAGGUCACUGGUGAAGAGCAAGAAGAAUGCAUUUUCAAAAUGAGAUGCAAGCUCUACAGAAUGAGAGAUGAUCAAUGGAAAGAGAGAGGCACAGGCAAUUGCAAGCUCAUGAGACACAAGGAAAACAAGAAGAUCAGAUUCGUUAUGAGACAAGAGAAGACUCUUAAGCCAGUAGGCAACUUCAUCCUCCAAGAAUCACCUUUGUGCGAUCUCAUUCCAAUGAAGAACAACGAUAAGGCUUACACCUGGUCCUGCAAUGACUGCUCAGAGGAAGCCAAAAUCGAGAUGCUUGCUUGCAGACUCCAGACUGUUGAGAAUGCUAACAAGUUCAAGGAGGCUUUCGAGGCUGCCAAGAAGUUCAACCAACUUGUCAAGGAUGAUAAGAUUGAUGAACUCGUCUACGUUCCAGCUAUCGAAGAUAUUGAGGAACAACCAGACCCAGCUGAUGACCCAGACAAGAAUAAAACUGCUGGAGAAGAGGGAGACGCUGCUGGUGCAGAUGAUGAAUGA